GUAAGUAAGUUCAAGUCGGCUGCUUUCUGGUUCAGUUUCGGGGUCUUAGAGGCAGCCUGGGAGUACAGCAAGGAGAAUCUGAUCUCCUCCUCCCCUACCCCUAUUGCCUGGAGUUUGGAAACUUUUCCCGGGAGACCGUCCCAGGAGGAGGAUGGGCGGCAGAGGCAGCAAAUUAAACUGCUACAAAUCCCCCAACAAGAGGCGCCGAAAGUCAGGGCAGCCACCAAGACCUGAGCCCAUAGAGCUGGAUCCCUUGCAAAAAGACAAAGACCCAAAUCCCCAUCUCUUCCAUGGUGAGCAGCAGCAACUGGACAUGGUCCAUGUUCUCCAGAAGCAUCAAGAAGAGUCAGAGAAGCUGAGAUCAGAGCAUCAGACCAGGGAAGUGGAAGUCCAGGUGGUGGAUGAACAGGAAUUAGAGCUUCGUGAAAAACUUGCUGAGCAGCUCAAAGUAUUGCAAAGGGAGCAUGAAGAGACCUUACAAGCACUCCGAGCCUCCCAUGAAAAGGAAAAAGUGGUCCUCAUGGAUUCCUUCCAGGUGGACAAGGCAGCCCUGCAGGAGACCAUAGAUGGACUAACUUCUCAGAUGGAGGUCUUCCAAGCCAAGAUGAAAAGAGUAGAGGAAUCUAUCCUGAGUAGAGAUUAUAAGAAACAUAUCCAGGAUUAUGGGAGCCCCAGCCAAUUUUGGGAGCAGGAGUUGGAGAGCCUGCACUUUGUCAUUGAAAUGAAGAAUGAACGUAUCCAUGAACUGGAUAGGAGGUUGAUCCAAAUGGAAACAGUGAAAGAGAAGAACCUGUCAUUAGAAGAGAAAAUUACAGUACUGCAGCAGGAGAAUGAGGAGCUUCAGGUUCGGGGUCGGAACCACCAACGGGUAUCAAGGCAGCUUUCAGAGGACCUUUUUCUUGUCCGUGAGGCCCUGGAGAAAGAGUCACAGCUUCGUCAACAGAUCCAACAGGAGAAAGAAGAGCUGUUAUAUCGGCUUGUCACCAGCGAUUCCCCAGCAGCCUUUCCGCUGACCUCUGCUAAAGUGUCCUACCUUGCCACGUAGCCUGGGAACUCGAGCUGUGGGGAUGUUGAAGGAGGGCCAGUGGACAGGAGAAAUGGAAUGAUCAGGAAGACCUCCCUUCUCCAGGCCAAUGGCCUGCUAGCUGCUGCCACGGGCCAAUGGCCCUGCUAGCUGCUGCCACGGGCUGUUCUCUGCCAUUAUAGGCAGCCCAGGGACUUCCCCUGAAGCCAGACUAAACCUUUCCUGACGGACAGUAGGAGGCAGGAAAGGGAGCUUUUCUUUAGAGGCAGCUUGUGUAGGGGAAAGAGUGCUGAGCUGACUCCUGGAUUCCUAUCCUGGCUCAGCCCCAGACUCACUGUGUGACCGCAAGCAAGCGGCUGCCCUUCUCUUAGUCUCAGGUUUCUUCUUGGUAAAGUAAAGGGCUUAGACAGAGGAUGUGUAUUCACUCUUCUCCUAGUGGCAUCUGCAAGUUCAGAGUGAAGAGGGGGCUGGGCCUUUUUUUCUGAUCCUUGGAGGUUAAAGGCCUCCUAUUCUCUUUGCUCUUCGGCCUCAUAAGCAGAUAUGUCCUAUCUUCUUUGUCCUGUCAAAGUUCCCCUUCCCCCAGGGGGAAACAGAGGAACAAGAGAAAGAAGGGAGUAGGCCUCCCGAAUCUCAGAGGCUAGACCCAUUACAGAGCAAGCCCGUUGUUUAGGGCUCAGCGCACUGUUGUUCCUUCCCUCUCCAUGGGGCACGAUCCUCAGCAGUCCCCAUCAUUGGCCUGUAGCCCCGAGGGUCUAGUCACACCCACCAUAUCUUGAUCCCAAGUCCUCCACCCCAACUUCUCUUUCCCAGCCGUCUAGGGGUGAUACUGAGGCAGUGCACCACCCUCCAGCUCAUCGAUCAUUUUUCUUUGUCUGGAUACCCAAAAAUGAUGCAGAAUCCCCUGGAUUAGGGAAAUCCUCCUGCCAAGCCCCUUGAUUUUCAGUCGUCCAACUACCCUUCCUUAAUCCUCCUCAGCUGAAUUGAUACAGGUCCAAAAAGCAAGAUUAGGGCCACAGGUGUGAAACUAAAGGAGACCCAACCCCUUUCCUGGCCCACCCCCUCCCCCUACUUCUACCUUGCCCCUUCCUGGGCCUCCUACUCUAGCCUGGGUCCCUGCUUUCUCUAUGCUCCAAUCAGGGCUCAGUUCCUGGGAAAGAUGAAAUACCAGGCUGUCCCUUGCACUUUCUUGGCAGCUGGAGAUUUCUUUUCCUUCAAAGCUGAGGAAAGCUGGGACCUACUCUCCUGGUGCUUCUCUUCUUCCCUCCUCCUCUUCCUUUUUGACUUGCCCUCCUUUCCAAGUCUGUAAAUUUGAGAGCAGCUAGCACUCUCUCUGCCAUUCACUCACUAUGUGACUUUGGGCAGACAAAAUCAGAGCUAAAGGGGGAGGGGGAGGGGGCUCAAGAACAGGAAAGGCCCUGCCCAAUGUUGAACAGGGAGUGAGUAGCUGAGUUGGGAAAUAGAACCCAGGUCUCCUGCCUCCCAGUGCUCUUUCCACUACAUUGGCUCCUUGGGGCUCAUUUUCCCCAUCUCUAA